GUUUCGUUGCCAUUUCAAGAUGGCCUCCAGCAUGCCCCUCUACAGAGCUAUAUUCAGCCUUGGGCUAGUGGCAUCUUACGUAGCCGCGGGUGUGGCGCCAGGUUCACCUGACCACCAAAUCCACGACCUUCCCGGCUACAACGACUCGACGCCCAUCGACUUUAAGCACUAUGCCGGUCGCCUACCGCUACCGAGCUCGGGUCAAGAGCUGUUCUAUUGGCUCGUGGAAUCGCAGGAUGACCCGGCAACCGACCCGAUUGUGUUGUGGCUGAACGGGGGACCUGGCUGCUCGUCCCUCGGUGGGUUCUUCACGGAACUGGGUCCGUUUGUCGUCCAGUCUGACUUGACCGUCAAGCGCAACAAGUACGCGUGGAACCGUCACGCGAACAUGGUCUUCCUCGAGGCUCCGGCUGGCGUCGGGUUUAGCCAGCCCCUGUUAACCUCGUCCGACUACAACGACCACACGACGGCCGCCAACACCCACGAGUUCCUCCGCGUGUUCUUCGAUGCGUACCCGUCGUUUCAAUACCGGCCGUUCUACAUUGCCGGGGAAAGCUAUGCGGGUCGGUACAUUCCGUUCCUCAUCACCAAGUUGCUCGCGUCGCCGCUGCCGAAGGUCCACUUGGCUGGGUUUCUCAUUGGCAACCCUUCCACCAACUACGAGAUUGACCACAACUCGUACGUGGACUACUACUACACCCACGGGCUGAUUUCGCUGGAGAAUUACAUGGCUGUCGGUGCGGCUUGUGGGGACAACGUUGGCCGAUGCGUCGUGUCCAGUGCCAACUGCUCGGCAGCAUGCGAAGCAGCCCUCCAAGAUGGAAUUCUAUCCAUCGACGAGCCAGCGUUGAAUCGAUAUUACAUCUAUGGCGACGUGUGUCUGCUCAACAACUCCCAAGCGUAUCCUUACAAGUACCGGAACUUCCCCUCUACACAUAGUCGUGUAGUGAUGACGCCGUGUGCCGAUACAUUCACCGUAGCUUACUUGCGCCAGCCACUCGUCCAGCAAGCGCUACAUUUGGCCAAUGCUGACGUCAUCGAGUGGUCGAGCUGCAGCGACCCCGUAGAAGAACUUUACCAGAAGAGCGCGUCGUCCAUGGAGUUGUACCCUGCGAUCUUAGCUGCUGGAAUCAAAGCCCUGAUUUACAGCGGCGAUGCGGACAUGGUGGUCAACUUUAUGGGCACCCAGCGAUGGAUUUCUUCGAGAGGACUCCGCUUGAAUGUGACUAGCCAAUGGCGGGCGUGGUUUGGCCCGGACAAGCAGCUCGCGGGGUAUUCGGAGGAGUAUGCCGGCGGACUCACGUUUAAGACGGUAAAAGGGGCGGGCCACAUGGUUCCAGCCACGAAACCGCUGCAUGCGCUGUACAUGUUUGAGUGCUUUGUGUUUGGCCAAUCGACCUGUGACACAUGGAUGUACCCCAAAGAUAAUGUGGAGUAUCUGACUGGAGACGACGUUGCCUACAUCGACGACAGCGGAAGCGCGUCCAAUACUGGACCACGCGACGACGUGGUUCUCAACUGGAGUUUGUACGGGAUGCUUGUCGUGUUUGCUGGGAUUGCCAUUAUCGUCCUCGCCAAGAAGCUACAGGACCGCCGCACCAAGGAGUACACAAAACUGUAAUCAUACACACUACCAGAGCAUUGCUAUUACAGUAAUUCAC